AUGACUCAGAUCCCGAUCUCGGAAUCCGCCGGAAUCCGCCGGAAUCCGCCGGAGGCCGAAGCCUUCUGCGAGGACGAGCCGUUCCAUGCCCUGAAAGCGGACACGUGUUGGCCAUGCGCCUUGAAGCUGCAACGUUUCGAUGAUUGGGAAGGCGUGGCUGCUGCUGGUAGCGCGUCCAGCACGCCAUCACUGAACCUGGCAGCUGCAGCUUCGCCGGUGGCAUCUGAUGGGAUGACCCGCGAUAUGGGGAGUUUCGCCUCUACUGAUGCCCUGGAUGAUGAUGUGAUGAAUGGGAGUGACGUCUCCCCAAUUCGCGACAAUGCAACCGUUCCAAAAGUAUAUGAAAGGCAACUCAUGCCUCUGCCGAAGCUGAAGUGGAUCAGUGGUCCGGUGUCUCGUCACCGGGUCCACACGAUCGUGAUGCUGACCGUCACCUUGACGGUGUUGACCACACUUGGAAUGAUGUGGCAACCAGGUGCAGCGCAGGGCGGUACUGCCCGCCUACCACCGAGGUGGGAACCAGGAUCCAACACAUCCUUCAGAGCGUGGACUCAGGACUUGAUGUUGUGGAGCAUCUCUUCAGAUGCUGAGCCGCACCAACAGUGCGCCCUGGUCAUCUCACAGCUUGGCGGUGCUGCCCGUGAAGUUGCGAGGACCAUGUCACCAGCCGAGGUGAUGAAUGGAGGAGUUGUGAAUGGACAACACCUGGAUCCUCUUAGCUAUCUCAUCCACGGCCUCAGUAGCCGCUUCGGACCACUCGAUGACGAAGUGCGGUUGCGAAGCGCACAGGAUUUGCUAUCCUUCAGCAGGAGGACGGGCGAGUCAACCGACACGGUGUUGUCAAGGUUUGACAUAGUCAGACAACGUGCCCGUGCCGAUGGCGGGGGAGCCACAGUGAGCACCGAGACGGCAGCGCUCAUUCUGCUGAGAGCUGUUGGUGCCAAUCAUACCCAGUUCCAACAGUUGACACAGCCUUUCGGCUAUAGGUUGCCAUCCACGGAACAGGAAUUCCUGCACAUGACAAGCGCCAUCAGACGGCUUGGACACAUAGUGGAAAGCCAUCGUGACAACAUUGCCUCAACCUUGAGAGGUAAUCAGGGGUCGAAUCAUUACUGGGCAGGUGCGUCCCCCAGUGAUGAGACAGGCCCGAACCAAGAAGAUGGCCAAGAAGCUGACGGUGCCGAUGCAGGUGGAAACUGGUCCUACCUCACGAACCAUGGUGAGUCGGACACAGACAGUGCCACAUCCAGCGACAACAACUCGCUGAUGGACAUCUCAGACCUCAAUGGAAUGUCCUCGUUCCAAGUGGAUGAAUACCUGUUUGGCAGGUACCAACAUGCCAAGAAGAGAUGGCGAAGGUUCACUGGCAAGCCUGUUAGAGCACUUCGACGCGUGCUGCGUCGCAAAGGCAAGGGCAAAGGCAGUAAAGGAGGCCUUGGACAUGCCUAUGUCAACAUCAACGAGACGCUGCAGCAAAGUUCCUUCUACAAGGGGAAGGGAAAAGGAGGCAAGAGCAGCGGGAAGGGAUUUGGCAGAAGGUUGAACCCGAAAGGCAGAGAUGGAGAAGUUCUCAAGUGCAGCAUCUGCCAAUCUCAGUACCACCUCCGUGCAAGAUGCCCACAGAGGAGUGACGCCUCCCAGCCAGCAGCAGCGGCCACAAGUUCCGUUGGCCAGAUCCACCAUACGUCGCAGGCAAACCAAGCGAGCCGUUCGAUGUAUGUGCACUUUGCCGCCUUUCAGGCCCAGCCUGGAAGUGAACAGUCUUGGAGUCGUAUCGGCACUCCAAGAGAAGAUGGUGGAAAUCAGGAGGGACAGCAGCAAAGCCAAGAAGGUCCAGCUGCAUCGACGCUGGACCCCGGAAUAUCGGUUCCUGCAUGGCACGUGCCGGAUGUGAGAUCCUUUCUGGAAGUCUCAGGACUGUCUACCACCAGACCAAUGGUGGGGAGUGGCACUGAGCAAAUGGUCUUGCCGCCGGUGCCGACAGCAUACACCGCCGCAACUCAGGCCCUGCAGGCAAUGGUUGAACCGGCACUUAGUGGAGGAGCAGUUGCAUCAGAAGCCGCUGGUCUCUUCACUCAGGUCCAUGCUGGGAGACAGGAGCGGCGACGUGAGAGUCGCAGUCACCGUGAACAGCAAGAAGAACAACAAGAGCCCGAACCUCAAGCUGCGCAGACCAGGGAGUCUCGCCCCCGCGGCGAUGGAGGCCUGGAGGUGUACCAAGACACCUGCACAAUCUGCCUGAACCGGUUUGCGGCAGAGGAUCACUGUUGCAGACUGCAGUGUCGACACGUUUUCCACUCUGUCUGCGUGGGCGAGUACCUUCAGCACAACGCACCCAUAGGCGAAGGAGACAUCCGCCUGGUAUGCCCCAACUGCAGGGAAGACACUCAGGUCGAUCGUUCGUGGGUGCAGCCGACCUUCAACCUCCAUGCGCAGCCCACAGUUGAGGAGCAACUGAAUGAAGCCGUCCAGACCCCAGUUCCAUCUGAGGCAAGUGCAGUAUCUGCUGAAGAAUAUGUGACGCCGGACAAUAUCCGGUCGUAUCCAUGGUGGCCAAUCCCCGAAACAAAUCCACCAACACCAGCCAAUGCAACUGAGUCCAGCCAUGGGUACCAUUCGACUGUCAGGUGCGACGAUGGUCCCCUGAGCAUCGCCUUUUGA